AUGUCCAAUAUAUUCAAGCAAUUGCUUCAGGACGCCAAAGAGCUUCCCUCACUGUCAUCCAAAUACGAUUCUCCCAAGCUGCAUCACAAUCUCAAUCAGCUGGAUAAAGAAACCAGCUUGAUCACUGCAAAGAUUGACACUGCCUCCAAGGACAAUCAUGCCUUAGGGCACUAUUUCCUAGCUCAAGGUGGGGCCAACACCCAUAAGAAUAGCCAGUUUUUGGAGAAAGUGGAUACCAAGUUCACCUUCCAGCCCACUCAGAUGAUCAAGGAGACCAAUGUUGAGGCUCACUUGAAUCAAGUACAAGAGACGUACAUCAAAGAUACCAUCGACGAGUCCAACCGUAAAACUCGCCAGACCGUCUCCAAUGCAAUGAUUGACAAGAGAAAUAUGUACUGGCGUUCCAAGAAAAACAUCAUCUUGGAAGAAUGGGAUCUCGAAGAGAACAACAAGACAUUUGGUUACUUGGGCACAAAGGAUGACACCAAGGCUACCAUUGCGUUCAAGGAUCAAAAGAAGCAUUUCUCGAUGGCUGUUACUGACAUCAACAAUCAACGUAUCAUGGAGUCGCCCGUACCUAUUGUCAAAACCUUUGCCAAUCUGUCACAAUCAGCUACAUGUACAAACAGUCAGAAAUCAUCCAUGAAUGUGUCAUGGGACAUUAUUUCUCAUUUGACAGGCGAGAGCACCGAUCGUAUCUUUGGAGCUUACUUGUUCAGCAACCCUGAUCAGAUCAGAAUAGCCAGUAUGAAGUUGCGUUUGAUCAAGUCAGCACGAUCCUAUCUGGAGCAUCAAUUCAGAUCAGUGGUAAAUGAGACCCUCAGAGAGAACGCUGCUGCUGCCAAUGUAGGCGGCUCCUUGUCAGAGAAACACCGCUUGAAUGCAUACAUGAAAUUCCAGUACAAGGACCGAGGCAGCUCAUGGAACCCCACGUUUGAAGUAUACGAUGACAUGCCCAUCUGGUUGUUCACUUAUCUCUUGGUGCGCUGUGGCUACUACAAUUUGGCAUUAAAUUAUGUGGAGGAAAAGACUCAAGACUUUAGUGGUGCUCCAGAAUUUCACAAGGCGUUCAAAGAAUUCUGCACUGAUGCUGAUUUCAACAUUUCUGAACAAAGUAGAAUCCAAGUGGAACGCCAAUACCAAACCAUGAAAUACAGCGACAGAGCCCCUGAUCCUUUCAAGGUGUUGUUAUACAAGAUUAUUGGCCGUUGUGAGCUGCAAAGCAAGAGCGAGGAUACAAUUCACAUUCUGGAAGACGCUUUGUGGCUGCAACUCAUGCUUAUUCGAGAAACACCCGAGGCACUGAGAUCAGACCGUGCAGAGUACCGUCUCGCAGACCUACAGCAGAUGGUCAACCAAGCGAACCACUCUGAAUAUGACAAGAAUGGUACAAAUCCUUGGACUUAUUUCAACAUGCUUCUCUUGUCUUUGCAGUUUGAAAAGGCAAUCAACUAUCUGUACAAAUUCGAGCGUUGGAGAGUACAAGCUGUCCAUAUUGCUAUUGUCUUUGUUUAUUAUGGACUUGUUUGCGUGAUACCGCAGCCAGGCAACAUCUAUGACAUUGUGUCCCAUGCGGAUGGCACUCCCUGUCUCAACCUAAUUGGUAUGAUCACCCAGUACAUACAAAUUGCUCUCGAUAAUUGUCGUGAGGCCCUCCAAUAUCUGUUCCUGUUGACCCUAUAUCCUGAUCAAGCCAUGUAUGCCUCUAUCUACGAUAUGGUGGUGGAGCAAAUCGUGCGCUGCCCAGACUUCAAGGAAAUCUUGGGAAACAAGGUGACAUGUCGUGCUGGUUUGAUUGACAAGUACAAGCCUUUGUUGGGUUUCCGUGCUCACAACAUGAAGACCUAUGAAGAUCGCAUUGCCACUCCCGUUGCGGAGGCAUUUCAAAGCCGAGGUAGAUACAAGGAUGCGGUGUAUGUGUUGGAGACACUGGGCAAAUACGAGCAAGUCUUUGGUGUAUUGAAUCAAGAGACCUACAGAGCUGUCAACAGAUACAACACUUCAGGUCAGAAAGAUGCAUUGAUUCCUGCCAUGCAAGAUAUCAUUGACUUUUGUAGCCGUAUCAAGAUGAGCUAUGACAAGUCUCCAGUUCCCAUCUACGAUUCGAGUAAUCUCGCCACCUUUAACAUGUUGCUUACAUUUAUCAAAGCGACGAUUGAAAAUCACUAUGGCCGUACCCAGAAUGCCGUUGAGCUCAUCCAGCAAACUGACCUUCUCCCUCGAUCACCACAAUUCAGCAUAGUUCAGCGAUAUGUACAGCAGCUCAUGUUACAACAAGACUACGUUCGAAAUCUGCUACCCUACAUGAUUGUGAUUGCACUGAAUGACAAGUCUCAAAGCAGAUCCAUUUCAUACUUUCUGACAUUUAGCAAGCUCCAAAUGUCAGUUAAUAUUCAUCAGCAAAUUGACCAAAAACUUAUGCAAUUUAAUAUUUAA